AUCCCAAAGAUCUUUCAUCACUUGUAGUAAUAACUCGUUGGGCAUUUGUAAGAGAGGCAUGGCUGGAGACUUUUGAUCGUAUAUUUCGACCCUGUUAUAACUUAUAUAACAAGGCCGACAGCAGCAUAGAGGAGCGGGCAACGUUGCAAGAAGAACGAAGUCUCAAUGCCGUUGAACGUAGUUGUAGUAGUUGCUAUGUGAUGAAGCAAACAGCUGCCAAGGACCCCACUCCAGCUGAUCCGGGCCGUAUCAUUAACUGGAAAUAAACCGUACCUACCUAACCUGUAUAUUUUGUUCAAGCUAGUAAGAAUCACGUUUUAUGAAUCAUGUUUUAUGAAUUACUUUUUAUGCUUCGGGGAAGAUAUCCCUACCACUUAAAACUCAUCGACUCGCCAAAGGAACAACCAAAAAAGUGAAUGAAGGGGAAAAAAAAAAUCACAUCAUCUAGGAGAACCCCGCAACUACCUCAGGGAUGCCAGGCUGGUCUUCACGACUCGAACUUGUCUCCUUGACAGGAACAACGCUUGUUAUUCUAGCUACUACGCUAUCCCUCAUCAGGCGCAUCGUCCAGCAUACCAGGGGUACUAGGCAGAGCAGAAUAUGCCCGGCUGAGGAACGCGUCUUGAUUAUAGGGGCGUCGAGCGGGCUUGGGCGCGCGGUAGCGAAACGGUAUGCAGCUCGCGGGGCUCGCGUAUGCCUUGUCUCCCGACGUGAGGAGCAGCUGUCGAACUUGGCUCGCGAGUGCGGAGAGAAGUGCUUCUGGGUUGUCGCCGACUUCAGCAAGGCGGAAGACAUGGUGCGGGUAAGGGUGCGGGUUAUUUCAGAAUGGAAUGGAUUGGAUUCCCUUCACAUAUGUGCUGGGGUCUCUGCCGUGCAGCCGGUCAUGAGCCUAGCUGGCGUGAGACCGGGAGAGGAACGGGACGCGAGCGAUACCGACAUACAGAAGGCUUUCGACCUUGCUACGCGAGCAACUCAGGGGAAUUUUUACGGACCUUUCGUCGCGGCAGUAACGUUCAUCCCUCUGAUAACACGCACCUCAGCCUCUCCAUCCAUUCUUUUAGCCUCAUCGAUAGCUGCGGUGGUUCCGGCGCCGACGCGAGCCCUCUACUCGGCUACGAAAGCCUCAUCAUUGCUCUUGUUCCAAUCGCUGGCUAUUGAGCAUCCCAACAUUACGUUUACCUUCGUUCUACCGGCAACCAUUGAGGGUAACUUCCGCGCGUCUGCCGUCGAUGCUGAUGAGGCAACCCGAGACGCAGGCCCAAAUCAGCGUGGUCUUAAGGUAGAUUACGUGGCGAAGAGAUGCGUCGAGUCGAUGGAUGGACAAGUAAGAGGUAACGUGGUUAUACCUUGGUUCCCGUACAGAAUAGCGCAAUCUCUAUACAAUACUUGGCCUUCGCUGAUUGAGGGGCAAGCGAGGAAGAAGUAUAAUUUUAGAUAGCUGUCGAUUAUUAUUCAUUUUUUGAUAUCUUCUCUGUCUUUUGUUUUCUUUUUUUUUUCUCCCUUUUUUUUCUUUCCCAUAGGUAAGCAUGUAUUACCCUAGGUACCUACGG